UUCAUUGGACUUUCUGUACCUGAGCAUUGUCAUUCUGUUUUCCUCAUGGACAGAGGUGGCGUGUUGGAUGCAUUCUGGGGAGAGGCAAGCGGCGAAGAUGAGAAUGGCUUAUCUCCGAUCAAUGCUAAAUCAAGAUAUUAGCAUUUUCGACACCGAAGCCUCCACCGGUGAAGUGAUUUCUGCGAUUACUUCCGAUAUUCUCCUUGUUCAGGAUGCCAUUUCCGAAAAGGUGGGGAAGUUUUUGCACUACGUGAGUCGUUUCAUAGUAGGCUUCGCCGUUGGUUUCAUGAGAGUUUGGCAGAUCAGUUUGGUGACACUUUCCAUAGUGCCAUUAAUCGCAAUCGCCGGUGGGAUUUACGCCUAUGUGGCGACCGGCCUAAUCGCCAGGGUUCGGAAAUCUUACGUCGAAGCUGGAGAAAUCGCGGAAGAGGUGAUAGGCAACGUUAGAACGGUGCAAGCAUUUGUGGGAGAAGAGAAGGCAGUGAAGUCAUACACAGAAUCCCUUUUGGGGACAUACAAGUAUGGGAGGAAAGCCGGGCUUGCCAAGGGGCUUGGGCUCGGGACGCUCCACUGCGUCCUCUUCCUCUCGUGGGCGUUGCUCGUGUGGUACACCAGCGUCGUCGUUCAUAAGAACAUCGCCAAUGGUGGAGAGUCCUUCACCACGAUGCUCAAUGUUGUCAUCUCUGGCUUGUCGCUCGGGCAGGCAGCGCCGGACAUCACGGCCUUCAUACGGGCCAAGGCGGCCGCGUACCCCAUCUUCGAGAUGAUCGAGCGGAACAAGACGAGCAAGAGCAACGCCACGAGACACGGGAAGAAACCAAACAAAGUGGAAGGCCACAUCAAGUUCAAGAACGUGAAGUUCAGCUACCCUUCCCGCCCAGACGUCGUCAUCUUCAACAAGCUCUCCCUCGACAUCCCACCCGGGAAAAUCGUGGCCCUCGUCGGAGGCAGCGGCUCCGGGAAGAGCACCGUCAUAUCCCUGAUAGAGCGCUUCUACGACCCGCUGUCCGGACACGUCAUGCUCGAUGGGAACGAUGUUAGAGAGCUUGACCUCAAAUGGCUCAGACAGCAGAUUGGUUUGGUGAACCAAGAGCCUGCCCUGUUUGCAACCACCAUAAGAGACAACAUCCUCUAUGGGAAAAAUGAUGCAACCAAUGAGGAGAUCACACGUGCUGCGAAGCUGUCUGAGGCUAUCAACUUCAUAAGCAACCUUCCUGAUAGAUUUGAGACUCAGGUGGGGGAGAGAGGGGUGCAGCUGUCUGGUGGACAGAAGCAGAGGAUUGCGAUAUCGAGGGCGAUUGUGAAGAACCCUUCGAUCUUGCUGCUGGAUGAGGCCACGAGCGCGCUGGAUGCUGAGUCCGAGAAGAGUGUGCAGGAGGCUCUCGACCGUGUGAUGGUCGGGAGGACUACCGUGAUCGUUGCACAUAGGCUUUCUACUAUUAGGAACGCGGAUGUGAUUGCUGUUGUGCAGAAUGGGGCCAUUGUGGAGACUGGGAGCCAUGAGGAUCUUAUGUCGAGGCCGAAUAGCGCUUAUGCUUCGCUUGUUCAGUUGCAGGAGGCCGCCUCGUCCACCUUGGCUCGCUUGCCCUCUCAUAGCGGCCGCCCUCUCAGCAUUAGGUAUUCGCGGGAAGGUAGCAUAAAGUUUUCGAGGGAGCUGUCGCGUACAACAAGGAGCCUUGGUGCAAGUUUUCGAUCUGAGAAGUCUUUAAGUAGGUUUGGUGGUGAUGGAGGUGACAAUGUUGUGAAGCCGGCUAAGGUGUCUUCGAAGAGACUGUAUGCUAUGGUGCGGCCAGACUGGUUUUAUGGCAUUUCCGGCACUAUCUGCGCGUUCAUUGCUGGGGCGCAGUUUCCUCUUUUCGCGCUUGGUGUCACGCAAGCUCUUGUGUCUUACUACAUGGAUUGGGACACGACGCGUCGGGAAGUCAAGAAGAUCGCCUUCCUCUUUACUGGAGGUGCUGUCUUGACUGUGAUCGUCCACGCCAUCACGCAUCUCAGCUUCGGGAUCAUGGGAGAACGCCUCACACUUCGUGUUCGAGAGAAGAUGUUCACUGCUAUGUUGAGGAACGAGAUCGGAUGGUUUGAUGAUGUGAACAACACGAGCGCCAUGCUAGCAUCGAGGCUGGAGAGUGAGGCGACGCUGUUGAAGACGGUGGUCGUUGAUCACUCGACCAUUCUGUUGCAGAAUGUAGGCCUUGUUGUGACUUCGUUUGUCAUCUCCUUCAUGUUGAACUGGAGGCUUACUCUUAUUGUCAUUGCAACAUAUCCUUUGAUAAUCAGUGGCCAUAUUAGUGAGAAACUGUUCAUGAAAGGCUAUGGUGUGGACUUGAACAAAGCGUAUCUCAAAGCGAACAUGCUUGCUGGAGAGGCCGUGAGCAACAUCCGUACAGUUGCAGCGUUUUGCUCAGAGGAGAAGGUUGUUAGUCUCUAUGCGCGCGAGCUGGUUGAGCCAUCAAGGAGCUCAUUCAGGCGUGGCCAAGCUGCCGGGAUCUUCUAUGGAGUCUCGCAGUUUUUCAUCUUCUCAUCCUACGGUCUUGCCUUAUGGUAUGGUUCUACUCUCAUGGAGAAGGGGCUUUCCGGGUUUAAGUCAGUGAUGAAGACAUUCAUGGUGUUGAUUGUGACGGCCUUAGCUAUGGGCGAGACGCUAGCAAUGGCACCAGACCUUCUCAAGGGGAACAGGAUGGUGGCAUCCGUGUUUGAAAUGCUGGACCGGAGGACUGAGAUUGUGAACGACGUGGGAGAAGAGGUUGUGCGGGUAGAAGGCUCAAUCGAGCUCAAGGAUGUCGAGUUUAGCUACCCGUCAAGGCCAAACGUGAUGAUUUUCAAGGACUUCAACUUGAGAGUUCAUCCUGGAAGAAGUAUGGCACUAGUAGGCCAGAGUGGAUCAGGCAAAAGCUCUGUCAUUGCACUAAUCCUCAGAUUCUAUGAUCCCACUUCUGGGAAAGUGUUGGUAGAUGGUAAGGACAUAAAGAGGCUUAAGCUCAAGUCACUAAGGAAACACAUAGGGUUGGUGCAGCAAGAGCCAGCUCUGUUUGCCACAUCCAUCUAUGAGAAUAUCCUCUAUGGCAAAGAGGGAGCCACAGAGGGUGAAAUAAUGGAAGCCGCGAAGCUUGCAAACGCGCAUAGCUUCAUCAGCGGGCUCCCAGAAGGGUACUCAACCCGGGUGGGGGAACGAGGGGUUCAGCUCUCCGGAGGGCAGAAGCAAAGAGUGGCCAUAGCGAGGGCAAUUCUAAAGAACCCUUCGAUCCUGCUCUUGGACGAAGCGACUAGCGCUUUGGAUGUGGAGUCAGAGCGCAUUGUGCAGCAAGCACUCGACAGGCUGAUGAAGAACCGGACGACUGUGGUGGUGGCGCACAGGCUGUCGACCAUAAAAAAUGCAGAUCAAAUCUCGGUGUUGCAAGAUGGCAAGAUUAUAGAGCAAGGGACUCAUUCAAGUCUAGUAGAGAACAAAGAUGGUGCCUAUUACAAGUUGAUAAACCUACAGAGGCAACAGCAACACUAAAUGCUUAAGCUAUACACAAUUUUUUUCAACAGAUGUAUGUGAUUGUUUUUGUUGGAAAGUAUUCGACGUGGUGUUUUUUAUAAUUAAUAUGAAAUGUUUGCUAUAUGUUGAAAUGGGAAAAUCAAUAAAAAUCUUUUCAUACGUGUUUUAUACA